AUGGGGAAUUGCCUAGUUCAGCAAGAAAAGAUGAUUAAGGUGAUGAAAACCGACGGAAAAGUCCUGGAAUAUAAAGCUCCCAUUAAAGUGGAGGACGUUUUGUCAGAAUAUUCAGGGCAUGCACUCUCUGAUUCGCUUCCAGAAAUCAGGAAACUCAGGCCGGAUGCUAAACUUGUUGGUGGGAACUUGUACUUUCUUGUGCCAAAAGUUGAGAAAAAGAAGGUGAGGUUUUCGGAAGAGGAGGCUGCCAGAGAUGGGCAAGGAACCGCCGGUAUCGUGAGAAUAAAGUUGGUUAUCAGUAAACAACAGCUGCAGGAUCUGCUGCAAAAGGGAGGAGUUUCAGUUGAGGAUAUGAUUUCUCAAAAUAAAAAUGAAGCUGAAUACUGCAAAGUGUGGAAGCCGGAGUUAGAAAGCAUACCAGAAGUAGACUAG